GCUACUGACGGAGUUUUUUCUUCUGAAUUUUAGAACCGAAAGUGCUUUUAGUGCUAUGAAUUCCUCCAUGUUCUUCCUAUUCUUCUUAAGCUUGCUUCUGACGCAGCAUUAUUGUGCUGAGGUAUAUAACAUAACUUCUUUGCAACCAUUAGCGCAGGGACAAACUCUUGUCUCCCCCAGCCACGUUUUCGAAUUGGGUUUCUUCAGUCCCAACAAUUCCGAAAAUAAGUACGUGGGAAUAUGGCACAAGAAUAUUUUUCCUCGCAAAGUUGUGUGGGUUGCCAACAGAGAAAAGCCUCUUGCAGUUGCAGACGCAUUGGCUAGUUUAGCGAUUAACAAUGGGAAACUUGAGCUUGUAGAUGGGAAACGGAAAUCUAUAUGGUCAAUCAAUAUUCCGGAGUCAUCAUAUAGCUCAGCUGCAGUUCUUUUAGACACUGGAAACCUCGUUGUUGCGGAUGAUAUGGGAGCUCAAUUAUGGAAGAGCUUUGAUUAUCCUGGUGACACAUUUCUUCCUGGAAUGUUGAUUGGAUUUGAUAGUGAAUCUGGAAAGCGGAAUGUCUUGACUGCCUGGAAAAAUUUGAACGAUCCAUCAAGAGGGUUAUUCUUGGUUGAAUUGGCACCACAGAUCCCAGCUCAGAUAUUCCUUCGGAUUAACGGGUCAACGCCCUACUGGAGAAGCGGUCCAUGGGAUAAAUCAAAGUUCAUAGGCAUACCAGAAAUGGAUGAUCAAUAUCUUAGUGGUCAUAUGGUGCUUGAUUAUGAGCAACAGGGAGCAGCGUCCUUUUUCUGUAGUAGUGCAUAUAACAAAAAUUUGGUAUAUAUGGAUAUCUCUUCGAACGGUAGACUAAAGACUAUGGAAUCGGAACAUGGUGAGAACUGGCGUAUUAACUGGGAGGCCCAAAAGACUCUAUGCGACUAUUACGGAACAUGUGGACCUUUUGGGGUUUGCAAAGCUGCUGAUUCUCUAACAGCUCCAAUCUGCAAGUGUUUGAAAGGGUUCGUACCCAAGUCACUUGAGGAAUGGAGUAAGGGAAACAUGACAGGAGGGUGCGUGAGGAAAGCCAAAUUGUUUUGUGAGAGUAACACAAGUCAGCCAGUUGCUUCAGGAGGAAAAGAAGAUGGGUUUCAAAAAAUAGAAAGCGUAAACCCACCAGAUUUUCAUGAGUAUAUUGUGAAUAUGGAUUCCCAAGGCUGCGGGACGCAGUGCCAAAAUAAUUGUUCUUGCCUGGCUCAUGCAUAUGUUACCAAUAUAGGUUGUUUAAUCUGGUCCCAGGACCUUAUAGAUAUUCAACAGUUUUCCACUGGUGGAGUAGAUCUUUUUAUUCGCCUAGCAGAUGCCGAAUUUGGUGAAGGAAAGCAAACAAAGUUAAUUGUCAGCCUUACAUCUAUAUGUUUUAUCAGUAUCGCUGCAGUAGUGUUCGGUUUGCGCAGGUUACAUGCUAAACAAAAGGUAACAACAAUGCGCAUUGAAUUGAAUGACACGACUAAGAAUUCAAGGGACACUCUCGAAGAACUUAUAAGAAAACAUGAUCCAUCAGAGCUUAUAAUCUAUGAUUUUGAUAGCAUAUUAAUUGCUACGAGCAAUUUCAGCAACAACAACAAACUUGGGGGAGGAGGAUUUGGCCCUGUUUACAAGGGAAAGCUACAAGAAGGGAAGGAAAUAGCAGUAAAAAGACUGUCUAGUAGCUCGGGGCAAGGCAUAGAAGAGUUCAAGAAUGAAGUGAUGUUGAUCUCUAAACUCCAACAUAAAAAUCUUGUUAGGAUCAUGGGUUGCUGCAUUAAAGAUGACGAGAAGUUACUGAUUUAUGAGUUCAUGCCAAACAGAAGCUUGGAUACUCUUCUAUUCGAUCCAAUGAGAAGAGCAGUGCUUGAUUGGGCUAAACGCUUCAAUAUUAUUCAAGGUGUCGCUAGAGGACUUCUUUAUCUCCAUCAUGAUUCCUGUUUGAAGGUAAUACAUAGAGAUUUGAAGGUCAGUAAUAUUCUCUUGGAUGAGAACAUGAACCCAAAAAUUUCAGAUUUUGGACUGGCACGCAUCGUUCGAGGGACGCAUAAUUUAGAAAACACUCAGAAGGUGGUGGGAACUCUUGGCUAUAUGUCUCCGGAGUACGCCAUGAGAGGGAUAUUUUCUGAAAAAUCCGAUGUCUAUAGCUUUGGGGUCUUGCUAUUGGAGAUUAUCGCUGGCAGAAAGAAUACCAGCUCCUUUUACAAGGAACAAGAGCUAGGUAUCCUAGCUUAUGCAUGGAACUUAUGGAAUGAAGGCAAGGGAUUGGACUUUGUAGAUGAAGUAUUGGCAGAUUCAUAUUCGGCAUCAGAAGUGACGAGAUGCAUGCAUAUCGGGCUUCUUUGCGUGCAAAACAAUGCUGCAGAUAGGCCAACCAUUGCAGAUGUGGUUUUCAUGCUAAGGAGUGAGACAGAUCGUGCGCAGCCUAAGCAGCCUACAUUCACCUACCAAAACUCUCUAUCUGAUAUUCAACCACACCAUAACCAUGUUUGGUCUGCAAAUGAAGUCACCAUAUCACUUCUCGAAGGACGAUAGUAAAAGAAUACGUGUUAAAAGAGAACAUCCCCAGCUCAUUGAAGUCCCUACUCAAAUUUACAAGUCAAAAGUCAGAGCGCUGCACUAUCUAGAAUAUCUAAAUAAAUAUCUUAAGAUUGUUGUCAUGGAAUGUUAGUGAAAAAUCUAGAAACAAACCACACUUGUGGUUGGGGGAAUAUUUUUGCUCAUCACCCUCAAUUGCUGGCAAUGCUCACCAUCCUAUUUAUUACCAUUAGAUGAAUUUAAAUUUUGAGAUUUGUGUAGUAGAUAGGCACAAAUCUCAAAAUUUAACUCAUCCAGUGAUAAAUAGGACUGUCGAGAAUCCACCGGCUAUUGAUUGUAUGCUUUCCUGGAAAAAUUUAAUUAUUCG